GUCAGGGGUAGCUGUGAUGAGUACUUUGUUCAGUAUCACAUUAUUCAUAAGAGCUUAUUUCUUAGAAAUUUUUGAUAUCGAAUAGGGCAGCUGUAUAUGAUAGCUCGCCAUAGUUAUGAACAAUCCACAACUGGUGAAGGUGUAGAGGUGAUAGCAAAUGAAGAAGUUAAUGACGAAGUAAACGGGGUUGGCCAAUUCACCGAAAAAAGAAUACAUCUUUCUAGUCAUUUACCUUACUGGGUCCAAAAUAUUAUUCCUAAACUAUUUUACGUCACUGAAAAAGCAUGGAAUUAUUACCCCUACACUAUAACUGAAUACACAUGCUCCUUCAUACCAAAGUUUUCAGUAUCAAUACAAACCAGAUAUGAAGAUAACAAUGGCACGACAGAAAAUUGUUUACAUCUUACUGAUGAGGAGUUAGCACAGAGACAAGUGGAUUUUUUGGAUAUUGCAUAUGAUGAGAUAAAACCACACCAUUACAAAGAAAAUGAAGAUCCUAAGCUUUUUAAAUCUGAAAAAACUGGGCGUGGACCACUGGUUGAGGGUUGGAGAGACACACAUAAGCCUAUUAUGUGCUGCUAUAAGCUGGUUAAUGCUAAAUUUGAAGUGUGGGGCUUACAGACUAAAGUGGAGGAUUAUGUUCAAAGUGCAAUUCGUGAAAUCCUUUUACUUGGGCACAGACAAGCUUUUACCUGGAUGGAUGAGUGGUUCAACAUGCAGAUUGAGGAUGUGAGAAAUUACGAAAAAGAUAUGCAAGCCAAAACAAAUAUCAAGGUAAAAACAGCGAUGGAAAAUGCAGAGGGCCAAGAAAUGGGUGAUAAUUCACAACCUGAAACACCAAAAUCUCCGAAAUCACCAAAAACACCGAAAACACCUUCGACUGCCGGAACGCCAACUGAAUCAAAGUCAUGGUUUUCAUGGUCAUAAAAAAAAAUUUAUUAUAUAGUUUAAUUUCCUUAAAUACCGGGUUUAGUUUGGGUUCAUAGAUUCAAUGGUAAAUCUCUGACUUUAUCGCAUUGAGUAUUGUAGCACAAUUAUUUGCAUUUUUAUGUAACUUCAGGGACAAAAUAUAUUAUAAUUCAAGUUCAAAUACAAUCUAAACCAUUUGUAGUUGAAUUAAACAUUUAGUUAAAAAAACCUCUCGAAAGUAUUUUCUAAUUUUCUUUAUCUAUUUUAUAAGAGUAAAGAGGGUAUAGAUGAAGGCCACUGAAAAUGAAGAAUAGAAUGGGUUUAUUUAUUUUCAUCACAAUUCAUAUAUAUUUAGAACGAUAAUUGAAUAUAUGUAUGUUUGUCGACAAUUUUCAAUUGGAUGACAGAGUAUAAACAGAAAAAUGUUUCUGAUAUUAGCCAAAGCUUUUUCAAUACAAGGUCAAGGGUUGAGGCAAUCAUGUCAUCUAUUUCCUAAGUUUUUAUUUAAAUAAGGUAAUUGAUUUUCUCAAAUGAUCAAAGUAGAUAAACUAUGAAGAAAUAUUGAUAAUUGAAUUUUAAAUACGUCAUAUCAAUGUAAAUGUGUGAGCAUAUUAAUGUUAUGAUAUUCGUGUCGUGAUAGUGUGUGUUGUCCUUGAUUGUAAAAUUGGUCACAUUGCGGAGAAAAGCCUACUAUAUACGGUAAUGGUAAAUUUAUAUUUUCCUUAAGUCUGACGAAUAAAAAGCGCUUCUAAACGAAAUUGAAUAAGUAAAUAUUUGAGGUUAGUUUUUACUUUGUUUUGUCAUGUUAUUAUGUGCUGAGAAUAAACAAUAGAUAAAUAAAUUAUAGCUAAUGGAAUAAAUAUAUUCGUAAUUAUUUUUAAAACUUCAAAUUAUGUUUUGUUUGGCUUAUCAUACUAGUUAAAAUUAUUAAAAAUGAGGGAAAGUAUGAAUCGAAAAGUGUUAAAUGGACUGGCUGUAGGUGAGUUUAUCAGCAAGUCUGGCCCUUAGAAAUUUUUGAAGUUUUCAUAAGAAGUACAAAGACGUAACUAUUUCAAAUAUAUUUUGGUGCGUAGUUGGGCCUAAUUUUAGUAUGUAUUAAUUAAUUAUUGAUAUUGUUAAGUGCAAAUUUAUUGUGCGUAUGAGUUAUUAUGUUAUAUGUGACCUUUUCAUGUAUACGAUAUUGUUUUUCAUAUUUGUCGUCGUCUUAAUUGCAAUGUCUCUUACGAGUAGGCAAGGUUAGCUAAGUAUGAAUGUUAUAUUUAACAGCUAUGAUAUUUUAUUUGUCCUUAUGCUUUUUUAACGACGCAUUUUCAACCGAAUUCAAGAAAAGGAGGAGGUCCUUAAAUCGACUGUACCCUUUAGGGUCUUUUACCUCAAAGCUUAAGAAUGGGUGAACCGAUUUUGAUUAAACUUUUUUGUGUGUGUAUUCCGUGUGGUCCCAUUUAUAUUCGGUCUAGUUCUGAAAAUUUAUAGGCGAUUCAGUUUGUUGUCAAAAAUAAUCAUAAAAGAUAAACAUUUCAAUACAUAUGUGUUUUAUGAUUUUACAUGACAUAUUAUUCUGACACUCCGCAAAGAACUGUCUUUCUUACCCGUUAGUGCAGUGAAAUUAAGAGAGUUACUUUAUCAUUCCUUGGUCAGAAUGUAUAUUCUAUUAUAAAAUAUAAGUGGGCAUACCGACAUAGAGCGGGUGUUUAGGUAUAAUUGUUUGGUUUGAAUUAAGUACUCAUAGCUCGCAAGGAAUGGGUUGUUAAUUAAUAUUUUUAUUCAAGUUACCUAUUAUUGUUAGCAGUAGUUUUAGAAUUUUAGUUUUAAGUAUAAUAAUGAAAUAAAUGUUCGAUUUGUGAAGCUUUUUUUGCAAUGGAAAUUUUAUUUUAUUUAUGGUAUUAUUAAUUUAAUUUUUCGAAAUGUUAUGGUUCACUAUAAUAUCAGAACCAUACUUAUGUGAAAGUAUGUACUUGUUAAAGGUAACAUUCCAAAAAUUGUAACUUGUUUAAAGUUAGGAUUUAGAAUUUAUUCAAUCUCCAGAAAAAGAACGAUAUAUGUAUAUAAAUGUAACUCUAUUUGUCUAUGCUCAUAUAUAAAUGAUUGCCUUCGAGAAAAUCGAUCGAUAGAGAGAAAAUUUCCACUAUUUUCCGUAUUGACACUGCGGGACGCACAUCGACUACAAAUGAGACACGAUUCGAGUUUUCUUCCUGAGGAUCAUAUAUUUUAGCGUUUCGUGCACUUCCUUUUAACUUUCGUUAUAAAUGCAAGCACGUAUCGUGGAAUGCAUAAAUAGGAGCAGGGUUAUAGUUAGACUUGGCUUUUGAAAGUCACAUAAAGUAUGAAAACAUUGCAUUGAUGUUCUGUGUUAUUGCACCAUGUUCUAGUCCUCGAAAUUUUUGGAAUGUUACUCUGGGACGAAAUAAGAGCUUUCUGCGUGUUGUUAGGUACAUGACAAUUAUUGCCUAUCGACACAGCUUUUCGGUUAUUUUCUAAUGUCGUUGAAAAUAUGUGUUAUUUAAUAGAUAUUUGAAGAAUUAUUAACUGUAAUACUUAAUACAUCUAUUUAUAAGAGUAUUAA